UUGAAAUGACGCUUAUCUUGUUACUGUUUUUGCCACAAAUUAAUGCGAUCAUGUUUCCUGGUUUAUGGAGAAAUAGUACAGAACCGACGUGUUACAAUCAGUGUCACAAAUCCAAAUGCAUCGCUGAGUGCGAUGGAUCUGAAAGUGUUGCAAUGUGCAGUGGUUCACAUUGCAAAUCUAGUACUCGAGGCGAGUUGUCUACUUCAACGUGUCGGGGCAGCAAAUGUAUAACAAACUGUCAAGAGAAAGAAUGUCAGUCAAAGUGUCAUGGUGGAUUAUGUGAAAGCCUGUGUCAAGGUCAAAACUGCUCAUCGAAAUGCAUGGGAGGAGUUUGUCGUGCAAAGUGCGAAUUUAGUGACUGUCAAGCAAAGUGUAACGGUGGGACUUGUCAGUCAGAAGCUCUUGGUGAAGACACAACUGUUGAAUGCACUGGUACAGAAUGUCAUGCAUCAUGUUCAGGUGCUAACUGUACAGGAAAAUGUCAGGGCCAAACAUGUAUGUCGGAAGCAAAAGGAAAAGGAGCUAAUAUACACGUAAAUAUCUUUAGUAUUAUAAUUUUAAAGUUACAUUACAGUAAGUAA